UGUGGUUGCCAGUGCCAGCAUACACAUAAAGAGGUGAAAAUGUUUCUUCUUCUCAGCUGUUGGAUUCUUGCAGGAAUCAUGGCAGUUGACCCAGCAAGGACAUAUUACCAAGCCACAAACAGCUCACUGUGUCUCCACGUUACAAAACCACCACCACAUAUGAGUAGUACGUGGAAGUUCGGUAGUUACGUUAUCGUCUCCCCUUUAAAUUUCAACCCUCUUUUUAAAGAAAAAGUGGAUUACCAUCGUGAAAACAUGACCCUGUGCAUAAAAAAGCUGACAAAGGCAGACACCGGCACCUAUACAAUCAAAAUCCAAGACGAGACUUUUAAAGAAACAGAGGAGAACCACAGAGUCAAUGUUCAAGACGCUGUUCCGAGGCCCGUCAUCGCCAUGUCAGUGCUGCGAUCAAACCUGUCCGCAGGAUUCUGCAACUUUACAGUGAACUGCUCCGUCUGGGGUCGCUGGCUGUGGUCCAUGUGUGACAAAGGUGGCUGCCACCCAUCACAGAAGCUGUUCAGUGAGGUCAACAUCACCGUCUCCAUGAGCAACAGGGCCGUUGUCUGCAGUGGCAACAACCACGUCAGCACAAAUCAUGUUUCUGAAAACACGGCGACGAUGUGCUUCAGAACAUAUGGCCCGGAUAACAUAGUGGUCGUACACACAAAUGGGCUCCUCCUAAUUUCUGGAGCUUGUGCUUGCUUCAUAUUUCUGGUUUUUAUAGUUUCUUAUAUAGUUAAGAAGCUUUGCUCAAAGUUUAAACCGAACCAGCUUGAGGAACAGCCACAAUAUGAGCCCAGAACCUCGACCUCCUCAUCCAGUCCAUCUGACGCCGCUUAUGAAAACAUCGAUGACAUAAACCCCAUCCAAGAUUCAAGGUCCAGGCCGAGUCAGAAAGUGGAUACUGUCUAUUGCCUUUCCAUGGAGCCAAUUCAUGUGCCGGCUUCUCGUGGAGGAGACGAUGAUAAAGGUACAAACGUGAAAAGCACUGGAGGUGCAACAGCGCCACAGUGUGUCGGCAUGGAAGAAAAGCAGCCCCCUGUGCAAAUUUGCACAGUGUACAGUGAACUGCAAAAGCCCCGUAAUCUGAAGCCACAGCAAUGAAGUCUGAAGUCUACCACUUACAACAAACUGUGCAUCUAAUACAUACACACGCCUUCAACUGAUAUUUGUGAUGACUUUCAGAGGAUUAAUCACAUGCACUGAGGUCAGGAGCUGAUGUGUGUGUUUGUAUUUAUAUUUUUGUGAGGACCAAAAAAAUGUACACACCUGUGGGGACAUUUUGUAACUAAAAAGGGCUUUUUCAUGUUUAAGACCUGCUUUUAGGGUUAUUUAGAAUUAGGUUAUGAUUGGGGUAAGGGGCUAUAAAUGCCUUAUGUCAAGGAUGUGUCCUUACUAAGAUAUAAAAACAAGUGUAUGUGUGUGUUGGCACCACCUUUAGAUGAAGUGACAAACGGAGACCGAUGGUUUUACUCCCUAUUUGAGAGGGUGGCUUAGGGCUGAAUAAUGAAUUGGAAAUUUCAAUCAUGGUUUGCUGCAAUCUUCAAUAUUUAUUAAAGCAAAAUCGAAAUGCCAUUUUUAGAUGACAUGGUCCUGACCUACACGUCGUAUUCUGAAGACUUUAUUUGGCACAGAUUUGCACACACAGUAGUCAUUUUAAAUGUUUUUUUUUUUUUUCAAACCCCCCCCAGAGAACAAUUACCUUCCCCUAUACAAUAAUAUUGUGAAUUGCUUUUUUAGCAAUAUAGUCAAAAUAGUCUCAGUCAGAUAUUGUAAAUCAAUCAGCCCUAGUGUGGCUGUUGUUUGUUGUAAUUAUUAUUAUUAUUAUUAAUGAGCUUUGGCUUGAGAUGUUUUUUCAUUUAUAGAAUAUUAGUUUUCAGUUUGCUUUAUUGUGUGUGUGUACAUAUAUAUAUAUAUAGAUGUAUAUAGAUGUAUAUUUUUUUUAAUUAUUUUAUAUUUGCUCUUUCUAAACAACAGAAAUUCUAGAUAAAUAUCAAACUGUUGUUUUCGGACCUUUUUUUUUUCCCAUACAACUUCACCGGCCGCUCCCGAUUAGCCUAGACCCCUGAUUGGAGGUGCAGCCCGAUGAGGAUUAGUUUUUGGUCUAGAAUGCAUUUUCAGGAUUGCUUUAUUAAAUAAAAUGUUAAUGUUGUGAGACAGAGGUGUAGAUAUAGGGCUAUAGACAAAUACGUAUAACCGCUUACAAACGCUCAAACAUUUUUAUAUAAACAAGCCACCAUGUGUAUCAUUGCAUUCUUUUAGUACUAUAGAUGCACUUAUGCCAACAACAUUAACAUUUCUCAAUAAAAGAAAAAAUUACAUAGUAAUUUUCCAAUAUUUUGUUCAUGUUUUUGUUGCAGUUUUAAAAAAGGACCAUAUUUUGUAGCACCUCGGGUGACCAGACCAGACAACGAGGGACGCCCGGUUAACAAAAAACGUGAAAUGUUGAUAGAAAGUCAAUUUAACUUGAAAGAUAAACACAGGAUCGACUGUAUGUUUCUAGUGUACGACUGGUGCUUCAUAAAAAGGUUUAUAGAACCCGUUCAAGGUUUAAAGGUAUAACAUAAGAAACAAGUAACUGCAGCCAUCUUUCGUGGUUAGCUGUGGGCGACUGGACUUGCCUGAGUUAAGUUGAAUAUGUUUCACCUCUUUUAUCCAAGACUCUGCCUCUCAGGUGACACCCUAAGAACCCGUUUACACCUUCUGUCUGUAUCUAGACCGGUAUCGGCUUCAGGGGUUAAAUACCUGGUUCUUCCCACUAGUUAGUCAGUACUAAAGAAGCCUCUUGGAUGACUGCAGUCAUAGUCUAAAAAGGUCCUUCUACUGCUUCACCCAUUUGUGGGUACUUUACUUUUUCUUUGUUGUAUUUUUCUGUCAUUUUAGAAAAGCACAAAUACACAAAAGAGAAGAAUUAUUCAAAAAACCGGUCCUCUGGGAUAACACGCCAUCAGCUUGCCAUCAUUUGUUUUUGAGAUA